CAAGCAAGAAUCCGCCUCGAACAGGUAGACGCUGUUAGCCGAAACUAUUUACCAUGACAGCAGCGGCCUCCUCGUCCUCCGCAGUGACCCGGCAUGUCCGCUCGCGCCUGCUGCGCGGCACCCUCUUUUCGAGGCCCGGGCCUGCUGGCCAACCAGCAGGCUCAUACGUUCUUCCCUGCCGCAAGAUCGUCCUCGAAUACUGCCCGCGCGGGGCCAGCAGCGUUGGUACGAGAGACUUUCUCACCACACCUACGCACAAGGCGCCAAGAGUCGCGGCGGCGGCUAUUGCGGCCCAGUCGCGGAUCGUGCAACUCGCACAAGAGUUUCCCAGCGUAGAGGUCGUCAUCAAGGAGGCGCCGCAUAAGCACCCGCUCGCACGAGGUUUCUACAUGAAUGGCCGCACGAAGGAAAUCUCUCUCCGGAACCUACCUCGCAACUCUGUUUCGAAAACGCUGGAGUUGCUGCUCAACUCCUCAGGCAAGAAAAUUGUCAGCCUCAAACGCAAGCCGGUGGAGAGCAUCACGGAGUCAGCAAGAGGGAUAUGGAGCGCACUACACGCCCCACCGAAGCAACUGUGAUCCGCGCACACAUGCUGCGUGCACACCCUGCUCCCCCGCUCCUGCAUGCUGGGCACCCAUCCUCCUACGACGGCCGUUUGCCUUCUUUUUGUGCCACAGAGCAUGCGCCAACUGUAUUUGUACCACUCAACCAGCAUGCAGGCUUUCACUGGCCUAUUGUGUGAAGACUAAGCGAAAGUUACGGGUGUCUCGCAUACAACGAGCAAAAGUUAAAUGCGUUUCUCCUCGUACCUAUCGUACACUGCUAAUCGAAGCCGACCGCAUAUAGGUGUUGCGCUAUUUA